AUGGCGUUUUCUCGUAGCAGCUCGAUUUCCUUCUUCAUACUCGCUUUAUUCGCCCUCUUUAUCAACCCAACCAUCUCUUCUCGCGUGUCGUCCUUCAUCCAGCUCCCGGUCAGCACCGUCGAAUCUCGCCCUUCCGUUGCUUCUUACUGCGAGGGAUGGAGAUUAGCCGUCGAGACCAACAACGCCGGAAGCUGGACGGUGGUUCCAUCCAAAUGCGUUAGCUCCCUUGAAACCUACUACAACAGAGGUCAGUUCGACAAGGAUUACAAUGUAGUCGCUAAUUACGCACUUUCCUACGCUAAAACGAUCCAGCUUGCCGGAGACGGUAAGGAUGCUUGGGUCUUCGACGUCGAUGAGACGCUCCUCUCGAACCUCGAGUACUACGCGGCUAAUGGUUACGGGUCAGUGCCGUACAACUCGAAGAAGUUCAAUGAUUGGGUGCUACAAGGAACAGCCCCAGGAUUUGAUGCGAGCUUGAAACUGUUCAAAGGUCUCAAGAAACUUGGUUUCACUAUCAUUCUCCUAACCGGCCGAGACGAGGUCCAGAGGAGUAUUACCACACAAAAUCUCCUCGACGCCGGUUAUUCCGGUUGGGAAUAUCUCCUCUUGAGGGAUCACAAAGAUCAAGGCAAAGCAGCUGCACAGUACAAAUCAGAGCGGCGAUUAGAAAUGAUCAAGAAAGGCUACAAAAUCCAUGGAAACACUGGCGAUCAGUGGAGUGACCUCCAAGGUUUUGCCGUCGCCGAUCGUUCUUUCAAAGUCCCAAACCCAAUGUACUUCAUUGCUUGA